AUGUCUAACGGUGAUGCAGAGAUUCUUCGCAUCCUGGAAGAAUCUGAAGACGAUUUUAGCGAUCGUUGGUAUGAUUAUGGCAUAGAAGAAAACUACUUACGAUUAACUGAUUCAGAAUAUUGGGUGGAAAGUGAAAAUGUGACGCUAGCUGCCGCUGAGCCGUCAGAAUUAGCGGGGCAUUCGCAAGCAGCAAAUGGCAAACGGCGGAAAAGGCCAAGACUCAGCGACGACUUCCGAUCCCCACUCUGCCGAUGGUAUGGGCGCUCCCUCACUUAUCGUUCCCGCGACGGCCUUCCUCCAUACCGCCGUGGCUCCCUCCCGUCUUCCGACACAGAGGGACGAACACGCAAGCAACGUUCACCUAAAAGACGCAAGAAGAGGCUCCAUACGGUCUCGGAGCGAGACAGAUCACCUCCCCCUGAGGCUGCAGAGGCCGUCCGGACCGACGAGGCCCAGGAGGACCCGCACGACGACACGAAUGACGACAACAUGACGCCGGCCGUGGCCGUGCCGGUGCCUACUCUGCUGGCUCGCCCAGGUGCGUCUGAACCAAUGGACUCCACCGUUGCGACUGCCGCCGAGACGUCCUCCGCUCCUACGAGCGAAGUGGAACAUUUGGUCCGCGGCGGGUUCCAGCCGCGCCUUCCGACUUCGCUGCCGCCCCCAGGGCAGCAGCAGCAGCCGUCGCCGCUACCACGCCGACAGCCCGUCCCGUUGCUGCCUCCCGCGCAGCUUCAUCCGGGAGCGCCCCAGGUGGUCGCUCCGGCGCCUGCGGUCCCUCUUCAGUCGCCACCGCCUUCGGAGCUGAUGGACGUCGACCCCUCAGCCGGGCCGCCUUCCCAAGCGGUGGCUGUGCAGCCUGUCCUGCAGCCGCUUUCCUUGGGCACCCCCAAGGAGUCUGACCCCGCAGCGCCUUGUCCGGCGCCCACUCAGCAGCCGUCGACGCAGCGUCAGGAGACGCUGCCUCUCUUCGUGGGUCCCGACGCCUCGUCGCGUCCAGAGUAA